ACAGACAGGAUGCACUCCUCACGCUGCCCUUCUGCAAGACCAUUGACACUGAAGGUGUUGUGUGCUCGGAUGUGUAUGUUGUACUCUACCAUGAGCCUGCUGGGCUGGCCUCUCGCCUCAGAUGCAGCCAGACUCCGCUGUGGCUCCGACCUGCUCAGUGACCUUAUAUUUGUAUGUGGUGAUCGUGGAAUCUAUUUAGGUAAAGGUAUGUGGUCCGGUUACGGUGCUCGGCCCAGAGGGAAGGGAAUAGUGGACAAAUGCUGCCGGUCAGUCGGCUGUGAACUACAUCAUCUAGAGAUGUAUUGUGCUAAACCUAAGAGCCAGCAGCACACUACAGCUUACCCAACCACAACCACUGCACAGCAUACCAGCACACAAACAGACAUGGCACAGCUGUUCCAAGAAGUAUUUCAUAAGAGACUUUUUGAGCACCUUGGAGCACCCAGCAGUCCAAAAAGGGCAUCUUAUAGAACAAAAACACAGCCUUCACGCCAACAGAAAAGCAGAGAUUCAUCAUCACGCAGGAAGAUGAACUCACAGCACACGACCAGCAGGCCUUCUUCCACCUUCAGGAGUCUCCCUCAGAGAACAAACAACUUCUAA